CCAGAAACUUUUUUUUCUUGUCAAGCUUUGCACAAGGUCCUGCUCCAGCACUUGAGGCGAAGACAGGAUAACUUGGUAUCUUUCCUGACAACCAAUUAACCCCCGCCCACCAAUUGAUCGCAACGAUUCCAGUCUUGCCAUUCCAACAGUCGAUACCACGUCGUUAACCAUCGACCAUUUACCACACACUAUAAUCACAAUGGGUUUCGAGAGAGGAGGUCGCGGCGGCGGUGGUCGCGGUGGUGGUGGCUUCCGCGGACGCGGCGGCGGUGAUCGUGGCGGCGGUGGCUUCCGCGGUGGACGCGGCGGUGGUGACCGUGGCGGUCGCGGCGGAGGCAGAGGUGGCUUCGGUGACCGUGGCGGUCGUGGCGGCGGUCGUGGACGUGGUGGUCCUCCUGGUCGCGGCGGUCGUGGAGGUUUCGGCGACCGUGGUGGUCGUGGAGGCGCCCGAGGAGGUGCCAGAGUCGUGGUUGAGCCCCAUCGUCACCAAGGUGUCUUCGUUUCGAGAGGAAAGGAGGAUCACUUGCUCACCCGCAGCUUCGCCCCCGGUAUCGAGGUCUAUGGCGAGAAGCGCAUCACUGUUGAGAACUCCGAGAAGGGCGAGGACGGCGCUCCUGUUUCUACCAAGGUCGAGUACCGAGUGUGGAACCCUUUCCGAAGCAAGUUGGCUGCUGGUAUCAUUGGUGGUAUUGAGAAGAUUUACAUGCACCCCGGUGCCAAGGUUCUCUACCUCGGUGCCGCCUCUGGUACCUCUGUAUCCCACGUUUCCGAUCUUGUUGGCCCUACCGGAAACGUCUACGCCGUCGAGUUCUCUCACAGAUCUGGUCGUGACUUGGUCAACAUGGCCCAGAACCGUACCAACGUCAUCCCCAUCGUCGAGGACGCCCGUCACCCUCUCCGCUACAGAAUGCUCGUACCCAUGGUCGACUGCAUCUUCGCCGACGUUGCCCAGCCCGAUCAAGCCCGUAUCGUUGCCCUCAACGCCCACAUGUUCCUGAAGAUUGGUGGUGGUGUUGUCAUCUCCAUCAAGGCCAACUGUAUCGACAGCACAGCCCCUGCCGAAGCCGUCUUCGCUCAAGAAGUCCAAAAGCUGAGGGCGGAGCGCAUCAAGCCUCAAGAACAACUUACCCUUGAGCCCUACGAGAGCAGAGAUCACUGUAUCGUCAUCGGACAAUACCAGGAGGCAAAGUAA